CAUCGUGUCAUGUGGAAUUCUCACACGAGCAACCCAAGGGAACAAAUCAUGAGCAAUUCUCAAUUAUGGCUCUCCCACCCAUUCAACUCUCCUCUUCCCACCUCGGCGUCUUCAAAGCCGGUGAUAUUGUCCCCGGUGCCCUGGAAGAAUGCAAUGGCCUCCUGGAGAAGAACCACGAGGCGUACCACAUCUUCUUCCGGGAUCCCGCCUUUCACAACCAUAUGGUGCACAGCCUUCUCACCUGCCUCACCCUGGGCGCUCCCCCCGAUGUGCUGCAAGACCGGUACAACGACUUAGUCCCCAUCCAACGCAAAAUUCCCGAGAUCGACACCGUCCUCCUCGAGAAACUGUCAGACCCAGACGUCCUCCACGCCAGCAUCGGGCAGAUCCACCAGUAUCACACCUUCCUCGCCUUCUUCAAGCGCGAGAUGGCUUCCAAGGGCUGGAAGGAAGUCGUGCAGGAGUAUCUCUUCUCGCGCACCAAACUCGCGGACCGCAUGUUGGCCCAAAUCCUUGAAGGCGCGUACCAUCCUAUCAUCCACCUCGGCUUCGGCAUCGAGUUCGACCAGCCCGCCAUCGUGGCCGAGGGGCUUGCUCAGGCUGCCAGCCAUGAUCGGAUGAAUAUCGAGACUUUGUUUUUCAAAGCUGAGCGCCUUGCCUCGGAUUCAGGUCUGAGCCCGUCCCUCAAACCCAAGCCCCUGGUCCAGCUUGCCCACGAAGCCCGCACCAACGACAAACUCCGCACCGCCCCGCGGUGGUCCGACCUCGGAAACAAAAUGAAAGACGGGGUCGUCGGGCGCGCGUUAGAUGAAAUGGCCCAUCUCGCAGCGCAGUUCCGAAUCCCGCUCACUGAGAAGGACCUCGACCGCCGCACGGCCGAGAUGGUCAGCACAUGUGCCUACCUCGCCGGAUCGGUGCACGUCGCGGGCCGACAGCGCAAGAUCGACUUCUUCGUCAUGCAUAGCGUGACCAGUAGCAUUUUCUGCACUGUGGUUGCGCGGCAGGGGUGGAUAGCGCUGGCGGACCGGGUUAGGUUGGUGGAGUGGAAGGCAAGGUUGGAUCUGGCAUGGUAUGUGGCCACGGGAUGUGGACCAUUGGACGAUAAUGGGAUAUCGGGGUAUGCUAGUCCUGAGAAUGAGGAUAUGGAGUGGGAGGAGUUGUUUUAUCAGGUUGUGCGGGAAUCAGAUGAUGGACAUGCGGCGAAGUUUAUUAGGGCGUUGAAGAAUGGGGAGGAGACGGGGAAGGCGUACGAGAAUGGGGAGUGGGGCGACUUCUUCCCUAUGAAGGGGGAUAUGUGGUUGAAGUUGGCUAGAAUGUGUCAGGAUACGACAAAGGGUUUGCCUUGGGAGAUCAAAUGGGUCUUCUUUGCGGGGUUUGAAGAGGGGUGGAAGCGGCCUGACUUGGCUGAUCCUUUGGGUCGCAGUAAGGGGCCGGUCAAUGGAUUUUGAAUGUCCUAUAGUACUAGUAACAUUGAAAUACAGUUUUCAUUCGAGGUAGUAAUGAAGAAAAGUC